AUAAAAAGUUAAAAACUUUCUCUUUUCUCACUGGUGUUGCAUUUGCUAAGCUCAGCAACAAUGGCGGACCAAAACACAGUCAUACUCUCUCUCCUCAUCCUCCUCCCUUUCUCUCUCCUCUUCAUCCUCUACCUAAUAGUCCGCCCUCGCUCACUCACCAUCCCAAUCAAAAACCGCCAUGUCUUCAUCACUGGCGGAUCAAGCGGCAUCGGCUUGUCCCUCGCUCACCGCUUCGCAUCCGAAGGCGCGCGCGUCUCCAUCUUAGCGCGGGACCUCCGUAAGCUGGAAGAAGCGAAGGAGGCGAUCCGGCUCUCCACUGGCAUCGACGUCAGCAUAUUCAGCGCUGACGUGAGGGAUUUCAACGCCGUCAAGAAGGCGAUUGAAGAUGCGGGGCCCAUUGAUGUUCUGGUGUGUAAUCAGGGGGUUUUUACUCCCCAGGAGUUGGAAUUACAGUCGCUGGAUGAAAUCAAGUUCAUGAUUGAUGUGAAUGUGAUGGGGACUUUUCAUCUGAUUAAAGCUGCGUUGCCAUUGAUGAAGAAAGAUCGCAAGUCGCGUGGUCCUGCUUCUAUCGCUAUCAUGUCGUCUCAAGCUGGUCAGGUGGGUAUUUAUGGUUACACAGCUUACUCGGCUAGUAAAUUUGCACUCAGGGGCAUGGCAGAAGCACUGCAACAUGAAGUGAUUGCGGAUGAUAUCCAUGUGUCAUUGAUCUUUCCUCCAGACACUGAUACUCCUGGUUUAGAAGAAGAAAACAAGAGGCGGCCUGAGCUGACAACUAUUAUAGCAGAUUCUUCGGGAAUGAUGAAAGCUGAUGAAGUUGCAAAGAAAAGCAUAGAUGGAAUAAAAAAGGGCAGUUUUAUUAUCCCUUGCAACUUGGAGGGUGUAUUAUUGUCUAUAGCUACCGCUGGCUUGUCCCCACAGAGAUCGUAUCUGAUGGCAUUUGUAGAAGUGCUUGCUGCUGGUCCUGUACGCCUUAUUGGUCUAUGUUUCCAGUGGAAUUGGUAUGGGAGUAUAGAAAAGUGGCACUCCAAAAGAAAAAGGACAUAAAGUUGUUCAGGAAUUGUUCCCUUAGACCUGAUUGCAGUCUAGUUCAAGACAAAAACUUUGUAGCUGAUGAAGAUUAUGUAUUUUGCUAUUAUUCCUUGUUAAAUAUUUGGCCACGUAUUAGAGUGUCGCCAUACCCCUGAAUCCCUGACGGCUUGACUUAGUCAGGUUCUAUGAAUUGCUGGUGUUGCUUUUCUGGCGUCUUGAUUACCAGUUGAGAGUAACAGAUCCAGUGAUCAGCACCUGAGUAUUCAAGCAGUUGAGAGAUGUAAUGUAUGUGAGAAUUGAGAUCUAUCCACAGCAUCAGAAAACUGAUUCUGUCUAACUUAUUUGUAUAUUUGUUUUGUAUUUGCAAUUCUUUCUCAAAGAAUUGAAGUAUGCUGUUGGUUUUUGCAAGGAUCUCAUCGUCAAGCUUUGUUGUUCUUUUGGGUAUGUGGAGCCUGUAGGGCAUUUUUGGAUU